GGGUGUCUCUGUGCCUCCCAUUCUGCUUUUUGGUCCGCCUCCUCCCUCUACGAAAGAUUAGCGAGCACCCAUCCUUUUCAGCCCGGGCAUCCCCACCACCACCUCCGCCACCAUCUCUCUCCAUUUAUCUCCUCCUCUCCCCGCCCUCUCUUCUCCUUCUCUCUUCUCCCUGCCCCUUUAAAUCUGCCUAGCCCAGCCUCCCCCGUGAUGCUGGGAUGGAGCAAACAUUGAUUUGAUUUGUGCUGGGAUGGAAUCAGAAUUUUGAUUUUUUUUUCUUCCCCCAACCAUAAGAAGAAAAAAAAUAAUAAAAACACCCCCUUUUGAUAGCUCCCUCCCCCUUCCCACCCAGCUUCCAGAUCCUCUUCCUUAUCUCCAUCCAAGGCAGAUUUUUUUUUCCUACACUAUUCUCAUCUUCCCCCCAUCACUGCCACUACCCCCUCCCCACCUCCAGCUUGCUUCUCGAUCUGAGGAGAGAGGGUAUUCUCGCCCGCGGCUCUCCCACCUUCGCGCUCUGGGUUGGAACAGUCUCUCCGGAAGGGGAGGGGGUUGCUGGUCCAGGGUGAAGUGGGAGUGGAGGUAUCCAGCCAUGGAUGUUAUCCUUAGGAGGCAGCCUGAGCCCCAGCCCACAUGGGAAGCCAAAGAACCCAGGCGGAAAGGUCCUAAAAGCAGCCAGGAAAGGGGGUGGCCUCAGACCCUGCCCAGCCGCCUCCCAGGACCCCCCAAACUGUCAUCCACGCUCGGCACUCGACACUUUGGGGUUCUGGCCACUCAGGAUGAGGGUCCAGCCCUGCCUGCCCGCGCUGGGGCUCCCCCGCCCGGCCCCGGUCUAACUGCCCCCGCCCCCAGGCCUCGCCCGAUUCCCAGGCCCCCAGCCGGCUCUCCAGCCCCAGGAUGCUCUGAGCCGCUGGGGGGCUGAGACCACGCCAACUACAUGCAUGUCCCCCGGGGGCAAGUUCGACUUUGACGACGGGGGCUGCUACGUGGGGGGCUGGGAGGCGGGGCGGGCACAUGGCUACGGCGUGUGCACCGGGCCUGGCGCCCAGGGCGAGUACAGUGGCUGCUGGGCGCAUGGCUUCGAAUCACUGGGCGUCUUCACGGGGCCCGGUGGACACAGCUACCAGGGCCACUGGCAGCAGGGCAAGCGCGAAGGGCUGGGCGUGGAGCGCAAGAGCCGCUGGACGUACCGCGGCGAGUGGCUGGGCGGGCUGAAGGGGCGCAGCGGCGUGUGGGAGAGCGUGUCCGGCCUGCGCUACGCCGGGCUCUGGAAGGACGGCUUCCAGGACGGCUACGGCACCGAGACCUACUCCGACGGAGGCACCUACCAGGGCCAGUGGCAGGCCGGAAAGCGCCACGGCUACGGGGUGCGCCAGAGUGUGCCCUACCAUCAGGCGGCGCUCCUGCGCUCGCCCCGCCGCACCUCCCUGGACUCGGGCCACAGCGACCCCCCGACGCCACCUCCGCCCUUGCCCCUGCCGGGCGACGAGGGAGGCAGCCCGGCCUCAGGCUCCCGGGGAGGCUUCGUGUUGGCUGGGCCCGGGGACGCAGAUGGCGCGGCCUCCCGAAAGCGCACCCCUGCGGCCGGCGGUUUCUUCCGCCGCUCGUUGCUGCUCAGCGGGCUCCGGGCGGGCGGGCGCCGCAGCUCCCUGGGCAGCAAGCGGGGCUCUCUGCGCAGCGAGGUGAGCAGUGAGGUGGGCAGCACAGGACCCCCGGGUUCCGAGGCCAGCGGGCCGCCGGCCCCAGCGCCGCCCGCCCUCAUCGAGGGCUCGGCCACUGAGGUGUACGCGGGAGAAUGGCGUGCAGACCGGCGCAGCGGCUAUGGCGUGAGCCAGCGCUCCAACGGGCUGCGUUAUGAGGGCGAGUGGCUGGGCAACCGGCGGCACGGCUAUGGGCGCACCACCCGCCCCGACGGCUCUAGAGAAGAGGGCAAGUACAAGCGCAACAGGCUGGUGCAUGGGGGGCGUGUCCGCAGCCUCCUGCCCCUGGCCCUUCGGCGGGGCAAAGUCAAGGAGAAGGUGGACAGGGCUGUCGAAGGUGCACGUCGAGCUGUGAGCGCUGCCCGCCAGCGCCAGGAGAUCGCCGCAGCCAGGGCAGCAGACGCCCUCCUAAAGGCAGUGGCUGCCAGCAGUGUCGCUGAGAAGGCUGUGGAGGCAGCUCGAAUGGCCAAACUGAUAGCCCAGGACCUGCAACCCAUGUUAGAAGCCCCAGGCCACAGACCCAGGCAGGAUUCAGAAGGUUCCGACACAGAGCCCUUGGAUGAGGACAGCCCUGGGGUAUAUGAGAAUGGACUGACCCCCUCAGAGGGCUCCCCUGAACUGCCCAGCAGUCCUGCCUCCUCUCGCCAACCCUGGCGACCCCCCGCCUGCCGAAGCCCACUGCCUCCUGGAGGGGACCGGGGUCCCUUCUCUAGCCCCAAAGCUUGGCCCGAGGAGUGGGGGGGGCCAGGUGAGCAGGCAGAGGAACUAGCUGGCUAUGAAGCUGAGGAUGAGGCUGGGAUGCAGGGGCCAGGGCCCAGAGACGGUUCUCCACUCCUCGGAGGCUGCAGUGACAGUUCAGGAAGUCUUCAAGAGGAAGAGGGGGAAGAUGAAGAGCCCUUGCCACAGCUGAGGGCCCCAGGAGGCUCAGAGCCUGGACCCUCAGCCACUCCUGUCCUGAGGGGCACAUCCUCCAGAGGUCCUGAUGCUGAGCACCUGAUGGAAGAGCUUGAGGAGCCUGCUGCAACCGAGAGGCCUGCCCAGCCGGGAGCUGCCAACCUCCUGGUGGUGGGAGCCGUGGCCCUCCUGGACCUCAGCCUGGCAUUCCUGUUCUCCCAGCUCCUCACCUGAGGCUACUUCCUGGCCUAGUUCUGGCUUUGGUUGCUGCCUCUUUGCCCCUUGGACUUACCUUUUCCUCUUUUCCUCCUCCUGGUUGUUUUUUCUACCUUUUCUCUUCUCCUUUUCCUUUUUGAUCCCUCUUUGUUUUUAUCUAUUGCUUUUUCUUUGUCCCUCUCUCAGAUUAUCUCAUUUAUUCUGGAUCUGUCUCUGUCUUCCUCAUUCCUUUCCCAAUCCCAACCCUUUCUCUUUCUCUAGAUUGUUUACAUAUGAAGGGCUUUUCUCUCUCAGAGUUGUUCUCUUCUCUGAGACAUACAAAUCAAGUCAGACCAUUGCCCCACCCCCUCCCCUUUUUGUUAGACCUAAACUUCACUGAGGGUGGGUUUGGUGUCUUCAGGAGUCUCCUGGAAGCUGAAUGGAAAGGAGAAAGAAAGUAGAAAAGGGGGUGACUGACUACUGGGCAAGGUAUUGGCUGAGCUGCUGUCACUCCCUGACCCAAAGUGCCAGGUGUCCCUCUGGGGCCUUGUGAAAAACUGGAGGAGGUCAGACUCCACCUCUUAUCUUGGAGGAUCUUAUCUCGCUUCCAAGCACUGAGCUAGGUUCUUGCCUAACUCAAUCCUUCCCUGAGGGAGAUAUGGGAUGUGGAAGGUAGAAUGACUCCCUAACUUCUCCCUCUUUCUUUCCUCACAGCCAGCCCCGCCUCCAACCCCUUAUGGUGGCAUGCCAAGAGCAAAUGUAAAGGAACAAAAAAUAUCCAAUGCAACCAAGUUCCACCCCCUCCCUAACUUUGCCACUGACCUGUCCCACCCUUCUGUGUCCCCCUAAGUUUGGUUGGUCUGGACUCACUUGUGGCCUUUGAUUAAAUUCCUAAGGGACCUGAAGAAGGCAUUUCUACUGCAAAGGGUUAGAAGCACUUAAGCAAGUGCCUCACUCCCCAACUCUGUCAGCUGUGGUGGGGGGAGGCAUUUUUGGGAGAUGGAACUAGAUGACAGGAGCUCACAGAGCUGCACAAGCUGUGACAAGUUUAAUUCUCUCAGAAUGGGUGAUAACUCUUCCCCCAUCACAUCAGAAUCUUGUGAAAUGGGAAGACAAACAACAGGAGGGGAUCAAAAAACCUGACCCCUCCCACACUUUCAAGGCAAGGCAGAGGUAGGAGUCAAAACUAGGGUGAGAGGUGGGUGGAGAUCCCUGUUUGAGGUUGUGUCUGAUCCCUGGUACUAGCUUUCCCUCUGGGGGCAGGAAGCCCUAGGAAAAGGGGACUGUAAGACCCCCUCAGGGGCUCUUUCCUCCCUCCCCUGCAUGAGGCAGAGGCAAGCUGCCUACCAAUCCCUUCCCUCAAGGAAUGGCCUUGCCUGGGAAUGCCCACCACACACAUACACCUUCUUUUUUUCUAGUCAAACUCUGUUUAUUCCUUGGCCUGCCUCCCUCCAUCCUCCCCUCUCAAACUUUACUUCUGAUUUCUAUUUCAUGGAAUUUGGGACUGAAGUUAAACAACAACAGUGCCACCAACACCCAGUCUUGCAGGAAAAAAAAAAAUUAACAAAAAAUAUAUUAAUAAAAAAGUUCAAAAAA